AUGUUAGUUGAUAAAAGGAGGAAGAAGGGAAGGAAGGAAGAAAGGGUUGGAAUGGAGGGGUUGGAAGGGCUGAUACGUAGGCUGUUGGAAGCGAGGAAUAAUAGAGGGAAACGCAUUCAGUUGAAUGAACCUGAAAUCCGCCAACUUUGCAUCACCGCCAAGCAAGUCUUUCUUGCACAACCUUGUCUUCUUGAAUUAGAAGCUCCCAUCAACAUCUGUGGUGAUAUACACGGCCAAUACCCAGAUCUCUUGCGAUUGUUUGAGUAUGGAGGGUUUCCAGCAGAUUCAAAUUAUCUAUUUCUUGGAGACUAUGUAGAUAGAGGAAAACAAAGUAUAGAGACCAUAUGCCUUCUCCUUGCUUACAAGAUCAAGUUCCCUGACAACUUUUUCCUUCUUCGAGGGAACCAUGAAUGCGCUUCUAUCAACCGAAUAUAUGGAUUCUAUGAUGAGUGCAAGCGUCGUUUCAGCGUCCGCCUAUGGAAAAUUUUCACGGACUGCUUCAAUUGUUUACCGGUGGCUGCAGUGGUCGAUGACAAAAUCCUAUGCAUGCAUGGCGGACUCUCGCCAGAAAUGAAUAGCUUGGAUCAGAUCAGAGCCAUAGAAAGGCCAGUAGAUGUGCCAGACCAGGGACUUUUGUGUGACCUCCUUUGGGCUGAUCCUGAUAGGGACGUGAAGGGUUGGGGUGAUAAUGAUAGGGGUGUCUCCUAUACCUUCGGGGCCGAUAAGGUCACUGAAUUCUUGAAGAAACAUGACCUUGAUCUCAUAUGCCGAGCUCACCAGGUAGUUGAGGAUGGCUAUGAAUUCUUCGCCGACAGGCAGCUGGUUACCAUAUUCUCCGCACCAAACUACUGUGGAGAGUUCAACAAUGCAGGCGCACUUAUGUGUGUUGACGCUAGUUUGCUCUGCUCAUUUCAGAUUCUCAAGCCAUGGAGAGGGAGAUCAGGGCAAAAUGAAUAG